AUGUCGGAGAAGAAGAUUGUGUUGAAGAGCUCAGAUGGCAAGACCUUUGAGGUUGAAGAAGCGGUGGCUCUCCAGUCGCAGACCAUAACUCACAUGGUUGAAGAUAGCUGUGUCGGUAAUGAAAUCCCUCUUGAAAACGUCACCAGCCAGAUCCUCGUCAAAGUGAUCGAGUAUUGCAAGAAACACGUCGUCGUCGAUGGUGAUGGUGAUGACUCUUCUGAGGAGCUCAAGAACUGGGACACUGAGUUUGCGAAAAGUAUGGAUGACUCCACGCUCUUGAACCUGACUCUUGCUGCUUAUCAUCUGAACAUCGAAAGCCUUCGGACUCUCACUUGCAAAACAGUUGCUCAUGUGAUCGAAACCAGAACUAUUGAUGAGAUUCGCACUUUUUUAAAAAUCGAGAACGACCUCACACCCGAGGAAGAAGCAGAGAUUCGCAAAGAAAACAGUUGGGCUUUUGACGACUGA